CAUAAAAGUUCUAAUGCUGAAGUAGUACAAUUCUCGCUAGUCGACAUUAGUUGAUUCUCCCGCAAGCUUCGAUUUAGGUUUCCUUCCACUUGAGUUUACAUCAUAGAGGCGUUUAAGGUAGAAAUUUGAUCAAGCGAUGGUGAAGAACAGGCGUGAUGGGGAAACGGAUGAGAAUUGCAAGAAGUAUGGAGUUCCUUUCUUUGGCGCUUCUUUCGUACCACACAGUGCACUCAGAUUAACCGACACAGAAACGAAUCACGAAGACGAAGAUUCCGAUAAUGGAUCAAGCUAUGUGAUAUUUUCCGGUGGCGGUGGUGAAGGUCGGAAUGGGAUCCCUAACGCCCUAGUCAUCUCACUCUUCGAUCCCGCUUCCAAUUCGCUUUCUGAUCAGCCUGUGGAAAAACUCGACUCUGGUGAUGAUCUGCCUUACAGAAUGGCUGUUCACCCUGGAGGAGACGGUGUAAUAUGUUCAUUACCAAAAAGUUGCAGAUGGUAUCAAUGGGAUCCAAUCAAGAAUGAAGAUAUCAUCAAAUUGAAACUAAAACCAUCUGAGAAAGUUCUUGAUGAAUUAGAAGAUAUCGGACAACAAUUAGCAGUUACUUUUAGCCAUGAUGGUUCUUUACUUGCAGUUGGUGGUGAGGAUGGUAAAUUAAAGGUGUUAAAGUGGCCAACCAUGGAAUUGAUACUUGAAGCACCCAAUGCUCAUACAUCUGUGAAGAAUUUAGAUUUCAGCAUUGAUGGGAAAUUUCUUGUUUCAGUAGGAAGUGGCCCUGCUAGGGUUUGGGAUAUCUCAUCAUCAAUAGCUAAAGCAUCUUUGCCACAAGAAAAUGAUGAAAUUUUCGGAUCUUGUAAGUUUUCACUAAAUAGCAAGAAUGAUCAACUUCUCUAUGUGACUACAAUGCGAGAUCGAGGAGGAAGUAUUGUUAAAUGGAACACCACAACAUGGAAGCGGAUAAGCUCAAAGCAUGUUGUGCGGGACCCGAUUUCUGCCUUUAGUGUAUCAAAUGAUGGAAAGUUACUUGCCAUUGGUACAAAUAAAGGAGAUGUUCGUAUUUUGAAUUCAAGUAAUAUGAAGGUGCAUACUGUUGUUAAAAAAGCUCAUCUUGGACCUGUAACAUCACUCGCAUUUUCAAAUGAUUCAAGGGCUUUGGCUUCUGUAUCUAUGGAUUCAAGUGCAAGAGUUACAAUGAUAAAUGAAACUACCAAAAAUGGAGUGAGCAUAUGGGUCGUACUUCUCUUUUUGUUACUUGCUGCAGCUUUAUAUUAUGCCAAAACCGAAGGUUUUCUUUUGUGAAUUUGAAGAAUUAUAAUGUUGUAUUUUAUUUUAUUUUAUUUAUGAACGUAAGUUAAUAUGUUUUAUUGCCAAAAAAGAAAAAAGAACAACUGUAGUGUCUUAACCCAAUAUGACCUUUUUUAUUAACAAA